CUCUCAUCCUCUCUCCCCCCUCCUUUCCCCUCUUGAUAUAAAUAGAUCAAUAUUAAAUAUGUCUGUACGUGUGCUGCAUUCACUUUGGCAGUGCUUGUAUGAAUUGUCCUGCUGAUAAAGACAAAAAAAAAUUGAGUUUGAGAGAGAGAGAGAGAGAGAGAGAGAGAGAGAGAGAGAGAGAGAGGGAAGGAGAGAGGGAAGGAAUCAGAGCAGUGGAUUGUUGUCAGACUGGAAUGAUAUUUCUUCCCGGCUUUUAAAAAAAAAACAAUCCAAGGAAGAGCUAUUCACCGUCGGGGUUGAGCUGCAGCAUUCCUCCACAGCGCGCCGGCGGGACUGGAAUCUAUAUUUACAAUUUGUAUUCAUAUUAUUUCUACAGCGCUGUGUUUGAUGCAGGAGUGUUAUUUUGGAAUAACCACCUCCAUUAUAUCUCCCUGCUUGUGAGAGUGCACUGGGCUGUACCGUUGGACUGGAUUAGGCUGAAUCGGACCACGUUACACUUGUGUCUCAUUUUAUUAACACGGGACCGACCAACCGCACCUCUGUCAAAAUCCUUUAAUUUAUGCACCGGUAUUUAUACAUUUAUUUAUUAAAUUGUCUUUUUUUUUUUACCUAAAUAAUAUUGUGUCUAUAAUCUAUAAAUAUAUUUUAAAACGUUUAGAUUUUUAAAAUGUUAUUUAAUAUCUGCGUCUUAUAAAUUUGGACACGUAUUGCCAAUAUCUUAAGGGAUGUCUUAAGAGACUUCUCUCACGAUAUGUCUUGCGGAAUGUCUCAAGGGAAAUAGAUCGAUUUCUUUAAGGAAGCAGGGACAUUAUAAUAAUAAUAAUAAUAAUAAUAAUAAUAAUAAUAAUAAUAAUAAUAAUAAUAAUAAUAAUACAAACUUAUUCAUGAUAGCCACAUUCCUGAUUCUGUUCUGUGUGAUUCGAGUCCUUUGAUCCUGAAUUGAAUUGAAUUCAUCUGACUUUUAUGUGCCACGCGCACAUCAUAAUUCAUAAUUGGAUUUGAUAUUGUUAUUAUUAUUAUCAGUAGUGUGCGUAAUUACAGGAAGAUGACUUUCUAAGAACUGAAAUAGACACACAGACACACAAACGACACACAAACACACACACAGACACACAAACGACACACAAACACACACACACAGACACACACACACACACACACACACACAGACGACACACAAACAAAUCGGGGGAGGUAAAGCUGCCGUUUUUUAUGAUUUAUUUAUUUAUUUAUAUAUAUUUUUUGCAUUUUCUUUUUUUUUUAUAAUUAUGUAAUUUUUUUAAAUAUUGAUUUUCUAUAAAUGAUACAGACCCGAUUAAUACUUCUGAAGUGACGUCGGAUCUACGAGGCACCAGAACAGGGACCUCAUCUGAACAAAAGAAAGAAAGAAAGAAAGAAAGAAAGAAAGAAAGAAAGAAAGAAAGAAAGAAAGAGAGAGAGCAAGAAAGAAUGUAAAACAGAAAGAAUUACAAUUUCUUCUACAGAUACAAAAAGAAAGCUGGAAAUUGUGCGAGAGUUUUUGCGCGGCUUUGAUCUGGGACUCCAAAGUCCUGAAUAAUAAACGCAGGACAGGUGUACAUCUCACACGGCUCUCGCACGAACUGUCACUCUGAGCCGUUAUUUGAAGGAAUGGAAGACAUUUCAAAAGGAUUUUAAAACAUGCGCUACUCUCCGUGACUCUUUAUAUCUUUGGGCUUGUUUGAAAAAAAAAAAUAUUAUUAUUAUUAUUAUUAUUAUUAUUAUUAUUAUUAUUAUUAUUAUUAUUAUUAUUAUGUGGGCAAAACAUUGUCAGGACCCCCCUCCCCCACUCAAAUGGAUUCAGUUGGAGACCCCUCAAUGGAUUAGGAGGUUUACCAACUGAACCAAAAUAAGGAACGCUUUUAUUUGGUAACUUGAUGAUGGUCUGCUUGACUCAGUCUCUUCUGGUUUCAAUCACACUGAUGAAGGCACUGGAGCCCAAACGCUGGUCUGCUUGACUCAGUCUCUUCUAGUUUCAUAACGCUGAUGAAGGCGCUGGAGCCCAAACGCUGGUCUGCUUGACUCAGUCUCUUCUAGUUUCAAUAACACUGAUGAAGGCACUGGAGCCCAAACGCUGGUCUGCUUGACUCAGUCUCUUCUAGUUUCAAUAACACUGAUGAAGGCACUAGAGCCCAAACGCUGGUCUGCUUGACUCGGUCUCUUCUAGUUUCAAUAAUAACACUGAUGAAGGCACUGGAGCCCAAACGCUGGUCUGCUUGACUCGGUCUCUUCUAGUUUCAAUAACGCUGAUGAAGGCACUGGAGCCCAAACGCUGGUCUGCUUGACUCGGUCUCUUCUAGUUUCAAUAAUAACACUGAUGAAGGCACUAGAGCCCAAACGCUGGUCUGCUUGACUUAUUCUAGUUUUAAAGAAUUGUGAUGGCCGGUUAACUAGAACGGAUGAACACAGUUUCUGACCCUGUGUUCUGUUUAAUAGGGUGACAGAACUGAGCACAGACUGGAACUGACCAGAUCAACUACAAGGAUCUAUAAAGGAUCUACUGAGAGAUCCAUCUGAGCAUUAACUCGAGGAUUAACUAUUAAUCCCAGAUUAAGGACGCAGAUUGGGACAGAUUAAGGCUCAUCAGGGAUCAACGAAGAGGAUCAACGCACACACACUGAGCUGAAGGAUUAUUGUUCUCUCUUCGUGUCGAGUUCAUCGCAAUCAUGGGCUGCAACAUGUGUGUGAUGCAGAAACCAGAGGACCAGUGCAAAGUGAUGUUCCAGGUGAAUGGGAAGGAGGUGUCCCGUCUCUCCCAGCAGCAGACUCUCGAAGUCCUGCGCAGCUCCAGGGACCCCCUGGUCAUUCAGGUCAUGAGACGCAGCCCAAGGAGCAAGGGGGGCGGGGCCCGGGGCGGGGGCGGGGCUCUGCAGGACUUCAUCGACAACGGAACCCAGACUGACAUCACCUUCGAACACAUCAUGGCUCUGAGCAAACUGAGACCCCCCUCCCCUCCCCUGCCCCCCGAGAUUGAGCCGUACUCACUGGCAGAGCUCGCUCCUCUUGAUCAUGAGUACUACGACCCCACUGACUAUCUGGACGGCAGCCGACAUGAAGUGGAUCGGACAGAUGAGCUGGAGUACGAGGAGGUGGAGCUGUACAAGUCCAGCCAGCAGGACAAGCUGGGCCUGACCGUGUGCUACAGGACUGAUGAGGAGGAGGAUCUGGGCAUCUACAUUGGGGAGGUGAACCCAAACAGCAUCGCAGCCAAGGAUGGGAGGAUCAGGGAGGGGGAUCGGAUACUGCAGAUCAAUGGGGUGGAUGUUCAGAAUCGAGAGGAAGCCGUAGCGAUCCUGACGAGAGAAGACAGCACAAACUUCUCACUGCUACUGGCACGACCCGAUAUAGAGCUGUGUAAGAGGUGGAAGGACAGUGAUCGUGACGACCUGCUCGACGGGCUGGGCUCUGAUAAUGAGGAAGAGAGACGAGCGCGUAGAGCGGGGGCACCACUGCAGACCGACAAGCAGAACGACAACAGCAGAGAGCUGAAGGAGCUGGACCGCCACCUGUCCACAUCCUGCCCCCUGCUGGACAACGUGUCCCCCUUGAACGAGACCAGAGGGGGGGCGGUGGACAGCUUGAGGACGGUCCUGAGUAACAGCCAGGAGCUGGACAGCGGGGUGGGGAGGACGGACGAGAGCACGAGGUACGAGGAGUCCUCCGAGCACGACCUGCUGGGAGACGAGCAGACCAGCAACACCACCACACCGGGGAGCCAGCGCAAAUUCCACUUCGGAGCCGGAGGGGGAGGAGGAGGAGGAGGGAGGAGCGAGACCUCCUCCCUGCACAGCAGAGACUUCCACUUCAGCACAGACUCCCUCCUGCCUCUGGACUGCGGCCCUGCGCUGGGCUACGCUGGGGAGCCCUCUCUGUCGCUAAUGAUGCCGGGACUGACAGAGGAAGAGUUUGAGCGCUAUAGGGAGCUGCUUGAGAUCAAGUGCCACUUAGAGAACGGGAACCACCAGCCGUUACCUAACCCAUACCCCUACCCGUACCCGAGGCGGGCAGAGACAGGGGGUGGGCUGUCGAAGAAGCUGGACGUGAACCGCAACGAGAGCAUGGAGCACGAGAUGGCAAUGCUGGAGGAGGAACUGCGCCACCUGGAGUUCAAGUGCAGGAACAUCCUGCGAGCUCAGAAGAUGCAGCAGCUGAGGGAGCGGUGCAUGAAGGCGUGGCUGCUGGAGGAAGAGGCCAGCAAGGCUGCAAUGGGACUGGGGCUGAGCGAGCCCCUCGCGCACGAGCUGUCGGACAUCACAGAGCUGCCCGAGCGCUCGGACAAGGACACCACCAGCGCCUACAACACCGGAGAGAGCUGCCGCACCACCCCCCUCGCCACCGACCUCCCCUCCCUGCCGGGGAGUCCCCUGAGAGGCAAGGGGACCAACCUAAACCGAGCCAAGCCCAGCCGCGAGGGCAGCCCAGCCAAGUUCGGCUCGCUAUCCCGGGACAGGGAGAGCAGGGGCGGUAAGAGGCACUCGGAAUCCAGGAGGAACCCGAAAAGCAGCAGCAGUCGGGAGCAGAACACCUCGACCAGCCCCUACUUCUCCAGCAGGCGUGGGGCGGGCGGCAGGCUGCCUGAGCACUACAGGAGCUGCGUGCAGCUGGGACACCCCGGAGGGGGCAGGGGCGAGGAGGAGGAGGAGGAGGACAGGUUUACAGAGAGCAGCGGGGGCCACCAGAGCCCAAUGAGCCUGGCGAGCAUGUGCCAGGACUCCCUGGUUGGUGUACAGAAAGCAGCUCCUCGAUCUCCUCGUCCUCCUCCCGAGCCCGUCCGGAUGGAGUGGAAAGUGAAGGUACGCAGUGACGGGACGAGGUUCGUGGCCAAGCGUCCCGUGCGCGACCGGCUCCUGAAAGCGCGGGCGAUGAAGAUCAAGGAGGAGCGCAGCGGUAUGACGACGGACGACGACGCGGUCAGCGAGAUGAAGAUGGGACGCUACUGGAGUAAAGAGGAGAGGAAGCAGCACCUGGUCCGGGCUCGAGAGCAGCGCAAGAGAAGGGAGUUCAUGAUCCAGAGCCGGCUGGACUGCCUGAGGGAGCAGCACUCGCUGCAGCCGGGAGGGGAGGGAGGGGAGGGAGGGAGGGCGGAGAUGAGCAUCAUCGCACUCAGCCACAGGAAGACCAUGAAGAAGAGGAACCGCAGGAUCCUGGACAACUGGAUCACCAUUCAGGAGAUGCUGGCCCACGGUUCGAGGUCCGCGGAUGGGAAGAAGAUUUACAAUCCCCUGCUCUCCGUCACCACGGUGUAGCGAAAAAUACAGAACAGUACAGUACAAUAUCCUACAGUACAGUACAAUACAGUACAAUUAAACACAGUACAGUACAAUACAGUACAAUGCAAUACAAUUCAGUACAGUUAGGUACAAUACAGUCAGACUCAACACAGUACAGUACUGUACAAUACAAUACAACUUCACUCAUAAAGGACUUAAGAGGCUGGUAUUAGUCACGGUGGAAUGGUCUCGUGUCCCUCCGGAACAAUGGAAAACCUUGCAGACUCGCUACCUGCCACGCAGAAUCACUUCUACACCCUAUUGACUGUGCUAUGGCAGGUGAAUCAGUCCCAUGGUGUGCACCCUAUUGACAGUGCUAUGGCAGGUGAAUCAGUCCCACGUUCGACACCAUACACCUUAUUGGCAGUGCUAUGGCGGGUGAAUCAGUCCCACCUUAUUGGCAGUGCUAUGGCGGGUGAAUCAGUCCCACCUUAUUGGCAGUACUAUGGCGGGUGAAUCAGUCCCACCUUAUUGACAGUGCUAUGGCAGGUGAAUCAGUCCCACCUUAUUGACAGUGCUAUGGCAGGUGAAUCAGUCCCACCUUAUUGUCAGUGCUAUGGCGGGUGAAUCAGUCCCACCUUAUUGUCAGUGCUAUGGUGGGUGAAUCAGUCCCACCUUAUUGUCAGUGCUAUGGCGGGUGGUUGUAAUUUUUGGCCCAGCCCUCUGUUAACUUGCUGUACUGAAAGAUUUCACAGUUGGAUCUUCUCUGUCACUGUAUAUCCCAGAGGAGAGAUCGCGACAGUGCUGCUGUAUAGUUUGCUUACCUGUAUUAGAAACUGGACUGGUGUUUUUUACUCUGGGGCAGAUACUAUUGAGUAUCUGUGGAACUGUGACCUGGAGUUGCACCCGCUCUGUACAGAAAAUAGGAAAACAGAAAAAAAACAGCACAAGAAAGGUUUGACCAAAAACGCUUGAAUUUUCAUUCGUCGUCUUUAAAAUAAAAAAAUAAAAAAUAAUAAUAAUAAUUUCAUUGGAGGAAAUACCACGACAGCCAGCAAUGUUAACCUGCGUGUGCGUGUGCGUGUGCGUGUGCGUGUGCGUGUGCGUGUGCGUGUGCGUGUGCGUGUGCGUGUUUGUACUAUUCCUUGUGCAUUUGUUUUUUUAAUCGUAAUUUCUAUGUACUGUGUCUAUAUCUUUUUAUGAUGUGCUUUUAAUUAUUGCAAGUACUCAUAUACUUUUUAAAAAUAUAUACAUCAAUCUGUGUAACCCGUACUUGGUCAGUUUUUGGCCUCAUCUCUAACUAUAUUGCUAUGUUGCUUGUUAAUCUCAAAUCUACAUGGUAAUGAACUCAAUUCACAUCUAUGUGUUCUGAUUUUAGCGGGUUCGGGUGCUUUGACUGUGAGUUCAGGAGUUGCUUUGAUCUCUCGUCUGGGCUGCAGAUAGGAGCAGCACCUGAACUCAUUGUGAAACCAACACAGACUUUAUCAGAGAAUGUUUAAAAAAAUGACGCAUCUUUGAGUAAAUGCAGUACGAAGAAGCGCUCAGGGUGAAGGGGUUGUCUGAAUCUGCAAUUAUUAUUGUUUGAAUUGAGCCAGCACUGGCUCCAGAGUUUUCAUUGUGUGUGCGCCGAUGUCAAAAGUUUGCAGCAUUCAUUUUUGCAGCAAGGAUAUAAAACAAAUUGUUCAAAACUUUGAGCUACUGAAUUCCCUUAUAAAAGUUUCCCACGGUGAAUGCACAGCAAAGCAUAAUAAAGCACAGUGAAAGCAUGGUAAAGCAUAGGGAAGCAUUGUAAAGCACAGAGAGGUCUGGUAAAGCAUAGGGAAGCAUUGUAAAGCACAGAGAGGUGUGGUAAAGCAUAGGGAAGCAUUGUAAAGCACAGAGAGGUCUGGUAAAGCAUAGGGAAGCAUUGUAAAGCACAGAGAGGUCUGGUAAAGCAUAGGGAAGCAUUGUAAAGCACAGAGAGGGAUGGUAAAGCAUAGGGAAGCAUUGUAAAGCACAGAGAGGUCUGGUAAAGCAUAGGGAAGCAUUGUAAAGCACAGAGAGGUGUGGUAAAGGAUAGGGAAGCAUUGUAAAGCACAGAGAGGUCUGGUAAAGCAUAGGGAAGCAUUGUAAAGCACAGAGAGGUCUGGUAAAGGAUA